ACGAAUUGUCUUCAGACAUGGACAGUAUAUAUGUGCAACACCUCUUGUGCUGUUAUGCUUGCUGGUUGCUUGGACAUAACCAUACGGGAUUUCAAGCACCUUCUCUUUACAUGGCUCAGUACAGAGAUAAUAUCAAGUAUGAAGAGGACUUCGUUGUGAAUUCACAAGGCAACAGGCUCUUCACCUGCAGAUGGACGCCGAAGAAUUUGGAGCCCAAAGCUCUGAUUUUUAUCUGUCACGGAUACGGAGGGGAGUGCAGCAUAUCAAUGGGAGACACCGCUGCUCGAUUAGUGCACUCGGGAUAUGCUGUUUAUGGUAUCGACUACGAGGGCCAUGGUAAAUCUUCAGGCUCGAAAGGAUACAUAUCGAACUUCAGCGACGUCGUCAAGGAAUGUUCUAACCAUUUCAAGAGUGUCUGCGAGAAGCCGGAGAACAGGUCUAGGAAGAGGUUCCUCUAUGGCUUCUCCAUGGGAGGAACAGUGGCGCUUCUGGUCCACAGGAGGGAUCCUCUCUACUGGGAUGGUGCCGUGUUGCUUGCUCCCAUGUGCAAGAUCUCUGAUGACGUACGGCCUCAUCCGAUACUUGUUAGUGCUCUGAACAUGAUCUGCGCCGUUGUGCCUAGCUGGAGAGUCAUCCCUGCCCCAGACAUGAUUGACAAAGUCUGUAAAGAUCCUCAGUUAAAGAAAGAGAUCCGUUCCAAUCCAUACAUGUACAGAGGAAAACUCGCACUGCAGACAGGCCGUGAACUCCUCACGGUGAGCCUAGACAUCGAGAAGAACCUGCACGAGGUCUCGUUGCCGUUCUUGGUCCUGCACGGGGAGGACGACAUCGUAGCCGACCCAUCGGGGAGCAAGCUGCUACACGAGAGGGCGUCGAGCAGGGACAAGACCCUGAAGCUGUACCCCGGGAUGUGGCACGUGCUCAUGGGUGAACAGCCAGAGGACGUCGAGCGCGUCUUCGCCGACGUGAUCUCGUGGCUCGAGGACAGGGCGGGCGGUACGACGAAGCGUCAUGAACCAGAAGAGAGGUUGUAACUGCAUGUAUUGAAAGCCUUUCAAGCAUUUUUACGACAAGAUCAUUACUGCAUUGUAAGGAAGUUCUUGUUAAAUAUUAUCUCCUUAUUCAAAUGUAAGCUAUUUUAACUUUUUCAGCUGCUCUUUAGAUAUAAGUUCUACAACUUGAAUUCUUUUAUUUGUUUCUGUUAUGCCUUUGCUAAAUAAAUGAUGUUCGUUAAACUAA